AUGAAAUUAUUUGACGACAGAAUGCGUAAGAUGGCAGCCGAUGAAGCAAAGAAAACGCACGAGGCUCUAUACAGGAAAAUACUGUAUUUACCAAUAUAUGACGACAGACCUAAAGACUGCUAUGAACUGCACAAACAAGGACGAGAACAGGAUGGUUUGGGCCAGAUUUUCGUCAGUGGGAUGAACGUUUACGUGACAGUAUACUGUGACAUGUCUAACGGCGGCUGGACGCUUCUUUUGAAGAGGGAAGAUGGUCUCGUCGACUUCUACAGAGAUUACGAGCAGUACAAAGAUGGCUUCGGAG